UAUAAGCCUGCAAUAACAAGAGGAACAUCAGCGGUGAAUCAGAGAAGAGCAAUGGUUUUCUCAUUGCUAAUCACAGCCAUCCUGGCCAUCGUUGCAGCCAAGACACUUAAAGAAUAUCUAAAGAUAAGGCAUUCCAAUAUCCCAUCGGCAAACAUGGGCUGGCCUCUCAUCGGAGAAACACUCUCCUUUGUGAAGGCUCACCCAGCUUUCACCUUAGGGGAUUACCUGCAACAUCACAUAGCAAAGUAUGGGACGGUAUUCUGGGCAAACAUCUUUGGAAAAUGGUUGAUACACUCGGUAGACCCUGAGCUGAACCGAUUUGUUGUGAACAAUGAGAUGAAAAUGUUCAAGCAAGGUUGGCCACGGUCCCUCUCUAGGCUUAUAGGUAACAAUGCGCUGACCAUAUCUCUAGGGGAUGCUCAUAAGCGCCGCAGAGCUGAGGUGCUGAACUACCUCAGUGGCAGCAGGCUGGAGAGUACGUUCCUCAGAGACAUGGAGCAGAUAGCAUCAGCUCACAUGGAAUCAUGGAGGAACAGGGACAUGGUCAUUGCUACUGAUGAAACUCGAAAAUAUGCGUUCUACAUGAUAGCGAAGAAAGCACUAAGCAUGACACCAGGAUCACCAGAGACAGAGAAGUUGAUGGAGGCUCUCAAUGACAUCUACAUGGGGAUUGGUUUGAUUUAUGUUAAUUUCCCCGGAACCAGAUUUCGAAAGGCUUUACAGUCCAGGGCCUAUGUUCAAGAGGUCAUCAGACAGAAAUUGGAACAAAGAAGGCUAAAGGACCAGGAGGAUGACGACUUCCUCAACUAUCUUAUUAAGGACGGCACAUACUCAACUGAAGAAAUGGGAGAUCUGGUGCAAAACUUCAUCUUUGGAGGCAACGAAGUGAUUGGAAGGACUUUGGCUGCAGCUAUUUACUACCUUGGAACUUGUCCUCAAGCGUGCGACCAACUACGGGAGGAACGUCUCCAAGUUAUUAAAUCCAAGCAACAAUCUGGAGACUCUAGUUUAACAUUGAGUGACUACCGAGGAAUGGAAUUUACUCAAUGUGUUGUGAAUGAGACGCUGAGACUAGGUACUGUUUCCAGAUUUCUACAUAAGGUCGCCACUGCAAAUAUCCAGUAUAAAGGAUAUGUCAUUCCCCGUGGUUGCACGGUCAUCGCCAAUAUCUCUGCAAUGCAUUUGGAUCCAACUGAGUUUAAGGACCCCGAAACAUUCAAUCCAUGGAGAUGGCUGACCCCAAAUGGUGUGAAGAAAUCAAGAAGUUUCAUGCCUUUCAGCGGGGGUGCGAGACACUGUAUAGGAGCUGAACUUGCCAAGCUGGAGCUGAUGGUAUUCAUUCACCAGCUGGUUAUGAAAUAUGAGUGGGAGUUUGCUCAAAAUGACCCCCCAAUGGCUACUCCUCGUCUUGAGUUCCCCAAUUGUCUGCCCAUCAAAAUCAGAGCCAUUUCACCAAAGUUAUAAGCAUUUCUUGUGCAUCUAAUCUUUCCACCAGCAGUUAAUAAAUAAUAAACUCGUUUGAAUGCCAACAAAAUGGAUUUGAUGCACAAAAAAAUGUUGAACAGGAUACUUUGCUUGAAUCAUAUCAUAUUACUUUUGUAUCAGCUUUCAAUUUGCUUUCAUGAAGGACCUUUCCAAUUUUUAAGGAAGAGAAUUGG